UUCGCGAACAUAUGUGUUCAUUUAAGGUUAUUUGUGUUGCAAAAUUCUUGAGCAUUUUGAAUCAUUUUCAAAUUACUGGUUGGUUUUCGUCAGUUUGAGAAAAAAUUUUUUCUAUUCAUCUAAAAUGGCUAACACACGUUUUACGAUCGUCAACGAUGAUAGGGAUCAGAUUCUGAUUUCUAAAUCGUUGAGAGAUAAGAUGACUCGACAGAAGCAACAGCAAAAUCUCACCAGUUCAUCAACAAAUGCAGAUAUUCCGAUUAAAACACCGGUCACUGAACCAAUCAAACCCAAUACGAAUACAUUCACAGCCAGUAGUGAUCCAUCUCGAGGUGUUUCAUAUCCAACUAUCUAUCCUGAACUUCCAUCAUUGCCAACACACGAUGCUCAACAAAAUGUUCACAAUCAAACGUUAGAUGAAUUUGAAAAACUUACUCAUAAUAAACCACAGCAGCCUUAUCCGAACUUCAAUCCAGGAUUUGAUCCAAACUUUUUGUUGCUCGAGCUUCGUGGUGAAUAUGAACGUAAACUACAGCAUUAUCAGAUGAUGUGGCGUAAGAAUCUUGAAGAAAUGGACCGAUUAAACAAGGAUUUGAUGCAUAAAAAUCGUCAAUUAAUGGCCACCGAAGUGAAACGAAUUGAUGAUAUUGUUUUGAAAAAACAUUUCGAUGGAACUGUACUUGACAAAAAAGAUGGACCGCGAGAGCAGCCGUGUAAAGAAGUGGAAGAAAAAUUGAUUCGUUGUUACGAAAUAAAUGGAAAAAAAUCUCUUCUCUGCAGCCAAUAUGUCCGAGAAUUUUCUCAUUGUAUUAAUGAGGCUCGCCUUAAAAUGCUUUUACAAAAAUAAUAAUUAUUCUUAUUUUUGUCAGAUUUAGUUAUCUGUAAGAUUAUUGUUAAUUUUCAAGAUUCAAGAAAAUAUUUAUAAAACUGAUUAUAAUUUUAGUCAAAAAAAAUACAAAUAAAUCUUAGUGCGACAUCUAGUGUAUGAGUUU